AUGAAUAUUCUAAAGUAAAAUUAAACACAGGAAGUUCAAUAGGACAUGAUUUGUAAAAUUCACAAUUUAGAAUUGAUUGCAGUGGAUUUAGAUUUAUCUGAUAAGUCAUAGGUGCAAUUCUUUUGCGGUAAAUGUUUAGUUGACAAAUUAAAUAAUAAUAGGGUGACAACAAUAGAGUAAUCAAAAGAAAGAAUCAUAUAAUUUAAAACUUAAUAAAAGGAUAUCAAAAAUAAAGAGAAUCAAGCAAGACUCAAUUAUUAUAAAAAUAUAUUAGAUCAAAUUAUGGAUUUUAAACAAUCUAUUAAUAAUUCUUUGGAUAAGAUGUAUUAACAAAUUUAAUAAUAUAUAUUUCCCAUUUAAAAAGAAAAAUAAGAAUUAUUAGAUUAUGAUUAAUAAUUCAAUUACUUUGAAGAUUUAAAACAAUUAUCACAAUUAUAUUCUUAAGGAUAAUAGAAAUCAACUAAAUUAGAAGAUGACAAUAAUUUUAUAGAUGAAAUCUAAAGACAAUUCNGCUCAUAAAUCACAUUUCAAAUAAAGGGCAAUCAUACCCUUUAAAUGGAAGUAUUGCUCAAAUUAUUUUUUAUUAUUGUCCUCGUGCUGUAUAAUAUCAAUUAAGGAAGGCUUCCCAAAUAAAAAAAAACUAAGACCUUGUAGAAUUCCACAAUUAAUUUAGAAACUUCUUAUUAAAAGGAUAAAAUUCAUAACAAAUGA